GCCUCGGAUCGGCAGCGUACGCCGCUCGGCACCGCAGCUCUGCAGACUGAGGACACGCUGGGAUCGCCCGGAGUUUCUUCCCACCAAUUCCUGCGCUGAUCACAUCCCUGUUGGAUUGUACUCUCUCAGAUCUGUGGCCGGUGGAUUGUUGGGCAGCUCUGACAUGGCCAAAAGGAAGAUGGAUGACAUCGUGCGGAGCUGGAUGGUGGCCCUCAUGCUCGUGUGUAAUCUAACAGAGAUUUGUGUGAAGGCUAGCCUUGAGGUGAAUGACACCCAGCAGCAGCAUCCCACCAACGUCUACCAUGACAUCGGAGUCACCAGGAACAAGAUCGUGACAGCACAGUUUGAGUGCUACCAAAAGAUAAUAAAGGAUAGACCAUCGACAACAAAUGAGCCCAUGUGUGAUCGUACGUGGGAUGGGUGGCUGUGCUGGGACGACACCAGGGCGGGCUUCACUUCACAGCAGCACUGCCCGGACUACUUCCAGGAUUUUGAUCCUUCAGAGAUGGUCACUAAAGUUUGCACUGAUAGUGGCCAAUGGUUCCUGCAUCCUGAGAGCAACCGGACGUGGACCAACUUCACCCGCUGCAAUGAACACACCAAUGAAAGGAGAAUGACGGCCAUGAAUCUUUUCUACUUAACCCUCAUAGGACACGGGCUGUCGCUGACUUCCCUAUUCAUCUCCCUGGGAAUAUUCUUCCAUUUCAAGAGUUUAAGUUGCCAAAGAAUCACCCUCCACAAAAACCUCUUCUUCUCCUUUGUUCUCAAUUCUGUGAUCACCAUUAUCCUGUUGACUGCAGUGGCAAACAACCAAGAACUGGUGCAGAGGAAUCCAACCAGCUGCAAAGUGUCCCAGUUCAUUCAUCUGUACCUGUUUGGCUGCAACUACUUCUGGAUGCUGUGUGAGGGGAUCUACCUGCACACUCUCAUUGUGGUGGCUGUGUUUGCUGAAAAGCAGCACCUCAUGUGGUACUAUCUUCUAGGAUGGGGGUUCCCUCUGAUUCCGGCUUCCAUACACGCCAUUGCUCGAAGUUACUACUACAAUGACAACUGCUGGAUCAGCUCCAAAACAUCACUACUCUACAUCAUCCACGGUCCAAUCUGCGCUGCUCUCUUGGUGAAUUUGUUCUUUCUACUAAACAUCGUGCGGGUGCUCAUCACCAAACUGAAGGUGACCCACCAGGCAGAGUCGAGUCUCUAUAUGAAGGCUGUGAGGGCCACUCUCAUCCUGGUGCCUCUUCUGGGAAUUCAGUAUGUCCUUCUUCCCUACAAGCCUGAAGGACGGGUCUCUUCUGAAAUAUACGACUACAUCAUGCACAUACUAAUGCAUUACCAGGGGCUGCUGGUGGCCACCAUCUUCUGCUUUUUCAAUGGAGAGGUCCAAGGGGUUUUGAGGAGGCACUGGAACCAGUAUCGUAUCCAGUUCGGCAGCAGCUUAGGAGCCCAUGCCGACGCCCUGCGCUCGGCCUCCUACACGGCCUCGUCCAUCACCGAGGUGCAGGGCUGCUACAGCAUCGAUGGCAACACAGAACACAUGAACGGCAAGGGUUGCCACGACAAUGACCCCUGCAUCUUUAAAUCAGACCACCCCCUCGCUUGAGGACAGGACUCGCUCCAAGCCCUGCCCCGCGCAGCCCCGUCUCACCUCAAAAACUACAGCAUGUUCAGAGAUUCCUGGCAACGAGGGCAACGUUAUGUUGAAGAGAUUCAGAACUCGCCCCCUCCCUGCUCAUACUCCUUUGCUGAUCAACAAUAAUGGUGAAAAAGGACUGGACACACAGGCUCUUACCCACUUGGAGCAAUUUGCUACCUUCCUCUGUCACACCGGCAUGGGCCCUUUACCAGUACUGUAGGAUGAGCUUGGCGAAAAUACUCCUGCGCUGCAUUUAGUCCACAGUUUGAAACCACUUCACUUGGUUUCAUAUAUAUUCUGAAUAUUAUGUCACUGUCUCUGUCUAUUUUUUUUUUUUUUUUUUUUUUUUUUUGGAAAUGGGUGAGUAUGAACUGACUAUCCUUUUGGGAGCAUGUCAUGCACACAAAAGCCUUCACUUUUACUGUAAAUUGCCAAAAAACAAACAAACAAAGAAACAAAAAACAUCUUUGUGACAUGAUCAGUGCCAAACCAAGAAAUCCUGUCUGGUUCUUUUUUUUUUUUUUUUUUGGUCCAAGCAGAACAAAGAUAGAAUCAUAAAUAUGAAUUAAAUUAAAGCCAUAGAUUAGAUUCCCAUUCAUUCACAUUGAUUAAAUAAAAAUGAAAUGAACAGAAUGCAAAAAUUAUUCAAAAGUAGUCAAAAAAGACGUGAUACAUCUUAGGCUAACUGGAGUAUAUCACUUAAAGGUGCACAAUGCAAAAUUACCAAGUGUAGAUUGAAAUGAGGACUCUGUAGACUCAACUGACAAAAGCACAAUUGGUCAGAGAAUUGGCCCAGUGGUGAGAACCAUGAAGACUCAGCCAUGAAAUUAUGUGCUUAUUCCACGUUUUUCCUCAAGGGCCCUCACUUCAGUCAGCUCCAGGCAGUUUUGCAUAGCACAAAUACCAUUAACACUCGGUGCCACCUUGACAAGUUUCAGUCUGAUUCUUGUUGGUUUCCCAUCUGCCUGUAUGCAUGCUGUCAUGGCACAGGCUUUCCAUACCCAUACCUUUAGUCUGUGGGCUCCAUCUGAUGAUUUUUAUUGAGCUCACUGUCACUGUGAAACAUCAGUCAGUUGAUUUCAGCGAUCUCUUUUUGAUGCGUGAAUCCUUCCAAAGUAAGCCAUGAAGCGCUGACUGGCAAAUUCUGAAGCUGUGCAACUACCACAAAAUCCCAUGUAUCCUCAUUAUACCUUAAUGUGAGUUGUACAACAAAUUGUGAAGAUCUGGCUAUGUUGAAAGCAUAUCACACUUGCACGCAUUGCUUUCCCCUGGCUUUACCAUGAUUUAUAAACAAGCAUCCAUAAUCUUUCUAGAUGUAACAGGAUUAUAAAGUCUCAUAAGAAACUGCAAAAAAACAAUGACAUCACAUGCUAUUUACAAAGCAUCUAUGUAAAGAAGGCUUGUGGAUAUAGAGUUUAAGUAAAAUCUUGUUUUCACUCAUGGCACUUUUUUUUUGAGUUCUGCAUUCACUUCAUCUAUAAUCAACAUCCAGUUUUUUUUUUUUUUUUUCCAACUUUAAAAAAAAUGUUCAACAUGUCAUUGUCCAAAAUGCUGGGAACACUAAUUACUAACCGCUGAUGUAAAUAUUUUUGUAAAUCUAGCAUUUGUGAAUGGAGCGCGCGUGUGUGUGUGUGUACGUGCGUGCAUGAUUUAUAUAUACAGUAUUUAUGAGUACAUUAUCCUCAGAAGCAUUCAACCAUGAAGCAACCGUCUUAUGUGAUGUAGAUGUGUGUGGAUGUGGGGGUUGUUGCUGAAGAAGUUGUUUGCUCCACUUUUGUGUUUUGAAAAGGGAGGGUCAGGGAGUGGGUGCAUUACUAACAAUGGGGCUCUCAACAGGUUAUCCAUAUUAUAUGCUAGUGUCCUCUAAUUUUCCCAUUUUGCCUGUGUUUGAAAUUGAAGAAAGACCAGCACCACUACGUUCUCUUAAGUUACUUAUAAGUUACAUAAAAUCUCUCCUGACACGCUCAUCAAUAAAGACUAAACUAUUUAUCGUAGCUUCAUGAAUCUGUCAUGAAGCAAGUUAGGCUGAUAUGAACAUGCUGACAAACGGGGACUAACAAGAUCUGCAUCCAGCCUUCCUAAACACGUGGCUGCUCCCUUUAUUAUUUCAGUGAAGGUUAACGAAGGCCAAGGUCAGGAUUUUCCGAGAGAAUCAGAAGCUCUGCGAGAAUUAUGCUGUAUUCACAUGAGCUUGUAAUACAGUCUUUAAUAAUACAGUGAAUACGUGUUUUAUAAACUGCUGGUACAAUUGAGAGGUUUUCAGACACAAGCAAGGUUCAAAAUUAUCUCCCACCAAGAGCCAAAUGCCAUUAAAAUUUGUCAUUUGUAGUAAUACAUUUAAUAUCAUUCAAAACAGGCUGGGCUA